AUCACGGACGUCCCACCCUGUAACUGUGGAGUCCAGGGUGAAAGGGGUAUGGGGGAGCUGCCCAGAGCCUGGAGAAGGGUAGUCGGUGCAGGAGAAUGCUGUAGCUGUGGUGUCGGCUGGGCUGCGGCAGGAGCAGUCGUGGCGGCGUUCUCAGCAGAGGCUCCAGCUCAGAGCAGAGCAGCUCAGCAGACAAUAACCGCACUGGGAGCUGGACCUGGCGGGACCCAGCUGUGAUGCUCCCUGACUGAUCAUGUUAUAACUCCACCUGGAAUCCAAAGGCUGCAUUUCCAGUUCAAGAGCUGUCACCAGCAUGGAGACUCCAAAGGACGAAGCUGUUCAGAUCAAGGGAGCAUCAGCCUCUAGAGAUGCCCAAGACCAGGGAGCCGAAAAGGGAGCCAAGAACAAGACACCUGAGACAACAGAAGGACCAGCCUCAGAGCCACCCUUAUCAGGCCCAGGUAGGCUGAAGAAAACUGCCAUGAAACUCUUUGGUGGCAAGAAGGGAAUCUGUACUCUGCCUAGUUUCUUUGGGGGAGGACGAAGCAAAGGUUCUGGGAAAGGCAGCGCUAAGAAGGGUUUAAACAAGAGUAAGACCCACGAUGGCCUGAGUGAAAUAGUUCAUGGCCCUGAAGAUGUUGUCAUUGAAGAAACAGGCCUCUCUGUACCUUUGUCCAAGUCCCCUCAAUUUCCUAGCUCCCAGAGUGCCCAUGGAGCUUUGGAGAUAGGCUCUAAACAUAAGACAUCUGGCACUGAAGCCACAGAGAAAGCUGGAGUUGAAAAGGUACCCUCUGUGCAGAAGCCUAAGAAAGGUCUAAAAGGCUUUUUUAGCAGCAUCCGCCGUCACCGCAAGAGCAAGGUGUCUGGGGCUGAUCAAAAUGGGCUAGGGGCAAAGGAACUUGAGGGGGCCAGAACCAGGUCUCAUGAGCAUGUGAGUUCAACCUCUCUGCCCAGCUCUGAGGAGAGAUUCCAAGCUGCGAGAAAGGAAAAUGCCAAACCCCAGCAUGCUCCUGAACCAAAAAUUUCUCCAGCACUAGAACAUUUUUCACCAACUACUGAGAAGACAGCCUGUAAAAAUCCAGAAAAACUCACGAAGACCCGUGCCUCAGAGUUCAUACAGCCCAAGCCUACUCCUGAAGCUAGUAGCCUUGAGGAGCCCCACACUUCAGAAACAGAAGAAAAGGUAGUGACUGGAGAGGUAAACCCACCCAAUGGCCCUGGUGGGGAUCAGCUAAGCCUCCUGUUUGGGGAUGUCACAUCCCUAAAAAGCUUUGACUCACUGACAGGCUGUGGCGACAUCAUAGCAGAACAAGAUAUGGACAGCAUGACAGAUAGCAUGGCCUCUGGUGGCCAGAGGGCCAACCGAGAUGGGACCAAGCGAAGUUCCUGCUUGGUGACCUACCAAGGAGGUGGGGAGGAGAUGGCCUUGCCAGAUGAUGAUGACAAUGAGGAAGAAGAGGAUGAGGAGGUAGAAUUAGAGGAUGAGGAAGAGGAGGUCAAAGAUGGGGAGGAAGAUGGUGACUUAGAGUAUCUCUGGGCAAAUGCCCAGAUGUACCCAAGAUCUAAUCUGAACCUGGGCUACCAUACUGCUACAUCCCCCAGUCACCAGGGCUACAUGCUCAUUGAUCCAGUUCAGUCUUAUCCUAGUCUAGGCCCUGGAGAACUUUUGACUCCUCAGAGUGACCAGCAAGAGUCUGCUCCCAAUAGUGAUGAAGGUUAUUACGACUCUACCACACCAGGGUUUGAGGAUGAUUCAGGUGAGGCUCUGGGACUUGCCCAUCGGGAUUGUCUACCCAGAGACAGCUAUAGUGGUGAUGCCCUAUAUGAAUUCUAUGAGCCAGAUGACAGUGUUGAGAACUCCCCACCUGGGGAUGACUGCCUUUAUGACCUCCGUGGUCGCAACUCCGAGAUGUUUGGUUCUUUCUUGAAUUUCGAACCCUUUUCUUCUCGGCCACCUGGAGCAAUGGAAACAGAGGAAGAACGGCUAGUGACCAUCCAGAAACAGUUGCUAUACUGGGAGCUUCGCCGGGAGCAGCUUGAGGCUCAAGAGGCAUGUGCUAGAGAGGCUCAUGCUAGGGAAGCCUAUGCUCGAGAUACCCACACUCGGGAAUCUUACGGCAGAGAUGUCCGAACCCGAGAAGCCCAGGCCCGAGAGGUUCAUGCUCAAGAGGGUCGAGUCCGAGAGACCCAGGUCAGGCAUGAGAAGCCUGUCUUGGAGUAUCAGAUGAGGCCCUUAGGCCCAUCAGUGAUGGGCCUCGUGGCAGGGAAUUCAGGAGCUUCUCAGACUUCCCACCGGGGAACCACCUCAGCUUUCCCUGCCACUUCUAGCAGUGAGCCAGACUGGCGGGAUUUCCGCCCUCUGGAGAAGCGUUUUGAGGGCACUUGCUCCAAGAAAGAUCAAAGUACGUGUUUGAUGCAGCUCUUCCAGAGUGAUGCCAUGUUUGAGCCAGACAUGCAAGAAGCAAAUUUUGGAGGCUCUCCCAGGAGGGCCUACCCUAGUUACUCACCCCCUGAGGAGCCAGAGGAAGAAGAGGAUGAGAAGGAAGGGAAUGCCACUGUGAGUUUCUCACAGGCCUUAGUAGAGUUUACCAGCAAUGGAAACCUUUUUUCCAGCAUGUCCUGCAGCUCGGAUUCAGACUCAUCCUUCACUCAAAACCUCCCUGAGCUGCCCCCUAUGGUCACCUUUGACAUUGCUGAUGUGGAACGGGAUGGAGAAGGCAAGUGUGAAGAGAAUCCUGAGUUCCACAAUGAUGACCUCACAGCCUCCUUGGAAGCUUUUGAGCUGGGUUAUUACCACAAACAUGCCUUCAACAGCUAUCAUAGUCGAUUCUACCAAGGCCUGCCCUGGGGUGUUAGCAGCCUCCCUCGAUACUUGGGGCUCCCUGGCAUACACCCCCGACCUCCACCUGCUGCAAUGGCACUCAAUAGGAGAAGCCGUUCCCUUGACAAUGCAGAGACCCUAGAGCUGGAGCUCUCCAGUUCUCACCUAGCCCAGGGUUACUUGGAGUCUGAUGAGCUACAGCCCCACCAGGAAGAUUCAGAUGAAGAAGGUGAAGAAGAGGAAGGAGAAUGGGGCCGAGACAGUCCCUUGUCCCUCUACACUGAACCUCCGGGGGCCUAUGACUGGCCUACCUGGGCUCACUGUCCUCUUCCAUUGGAGCCAGACCCUGCUUGGAUAAGCCCCAGUCAGUUGGAUGAGCCUUUCAAUCAGUCUUCAUAUGGGCAGGCACCCUGUUGCGUACCUCCUGUGGCAAUGGCAAUGUCAGUCAGCCCAAGGGCACCUGGAGACUCUCUGUCUCAGCUAGCUCGGCCUUCACACCUACCCCUGCCCAUGGGUCCUUGCUAUAACCUUCAAUCGCAGGCCUCCCAAAGUGUGAGGGCCAGGCCUCGGGAUGCACUGAUGCCCAUAGAUGAGCCCAGUUGUACCUCCAUUUCUGGAGCCAACUCUCUGUCUCAAGCCAAGCCUGUAGGCAUCACCCAUGGUAUCCCUCAGCUGCCCAGGGUGCGGCCUGAACCCCUUCAGCUUCAACCCAGUCACUACAGAGCUUCCAACCUUGACCUGUCGAAGGAGAGGGGCGAGCAAGGUGCCUCUUUCUCUACCAGCUACUCCACUGCCAUGAAUGGAAACCUAGCCAAGUAGUUAUCAAUUCCAGAGUGGAGACCUGAGCAUGUGAAUGGGGUCAGGGGUUGGGCAGAGGGGUGGGGGUGGGGGUUGCUGUUUAACUUGAAAAUCCCUUUGGCCAAGAUAAACUCUUCUGAGUUUUCACUUUGUUUUCCCACCUCCCUCUGCCAUCUUUGGCCAGGUUCAGCCCAAGUACAUCUGCCUAGGGAAGCUGCUGCUUCUGUGCUCCGGUUUUUGCUUUGGGGUUUCUUCUGACCUAUAUAGGGCUUGAGAUGCAUCCUUAUUGCAGGCUGAACCCCUCUUCUCUGGUCCCUUGUUGACAAAUGAACCACUGAUGAGCAGCCAAUUUUUGCACUGACUCUCACCCAGAGAUGGGAGGCUUUCUGGCUAUUAGCAAUAUAAAGUAUGGUACAUAUUCUUCCUAACCCUCUUUCCAUCACAUCAAAUGACUAUAACCUAUCUAUUCCAGUUAGUUAUGUUUAGAGUGGAUCAAGUAGCAUGUGUCUCGCUCCCUAUUGCUGUGGACUUUGGUAUUACAGCUAGAUGAUGUCCUUUUAACCUGGCCUGACAUAGUCUAGAUUGAAGACAAAAACACUAAUCCCCAUAUUGGAGGGAAUAAAUCUGUCUGUAUUCAAGCAGAAUACAAAGAUAGAUAGAUUGUGGAAACUGCUGUGGGGUCUUGAGCUGUGGAACGCUAUCUUGUUUGUUUCUUAAGCCUGUGGCUGUUGCAGGCACUUUAGAACUCCCCCCUUUUUUUGUAAUUGAAAUUUUCAUAAUCUCAUCACCAGGAAUGUAAUCUCUUGACUGAGAUCAGGGAAGAGAAGCCACCUAAAUUGGGCUUGACUAUAGGGCAUUGGGUUUUAGGGGAUGAAAAGGGGGAAAACAGAAUGGGUGAUCCAUUUAUCCCAGACACCAAGAAGGGAUCUCAGACUUUGGAGACAGAAGCAACUCAGCUUAGGAGGGGAAAGGUUUCCCACCCUUCUUCUCAAACCAAAAAAGUUCCUUAAUCCUUGCCCACCCCUUUGGGAAGUGGUUCCAAGCUUACAUUUCCAAGACAGGAUGCCAAUGGCAUCUCACCUGUUGUUGUGGGUACUCUAAAAGGCUUUCAUCUCCUAAUUAGCCAAGUUCUUAGUAUUGUCAAAGGACCAGACUUCUUGAGAGGAAAGACUGUAAAUGUGCCCUUGCUCUGCCAAGCUGCAGGACUGAUUUGCAUGGCAGUUGCAAUCUCUUUCUGAAAUGAACAGCACCCUCCCUUCUCUUAUAUCCAUGCAGAUUUCUUUCUUUCUUUUUCUUUUUUUUUGGGGGGGGAGGGGCAGGUGGGCAGGCAGGAUCCCAUGUUUAAUCUUUGCUAGCCUGGAACUCACCAUGUAGACCAGGACUGCUUCUGAGUCACAGAGAUUCACCUGUCUCUACCUCCUACCAAGCCCAGCCUAGCAGUCUUCACUGUUCACUAAGUGGGAAACACUACUUGGGAAGACCUUGCUAUUAGGAAGCCAUUGUAACGGGCUUCUCUUGACCGGGCUCAACUCUUCCUUAAUCACCCAUAUGAGACAGUUUCUUGUAAAUUUUCUAUUGGGCCAGGCAUGGUGGCACACGCCUUUCAUCCCAGCACUUGGGAGCAAGAGUCAGGUGGAGCUUUCUGAGUUU